AUGAAUUUCGCCGAUUUUCUAGCGGCACCUGAAAUUGUACGCCGUCUUACUUCUCAAGAUGCAUUUGAGAACGAGACUGUUACAUUUACAUGCACGGUACAAAAUGUAAAUAGCACCAAUGAUGAUGAAUCAUAUUCAAUAACAUGGUUUUUCGGUGAUCAACAAAUUAAAUUAAAUAAUGAAAAAUAUUCCGUUGAUGAAAAUCCUAAAACAGGAAUAUGCUUAUUAACUAUAAGACACAUCACAGCAGAAGAUGAAGGUGCAUAUCGAUGUGUAGCAACAAAUAAGUAUGGUUCAUCAGUUACUACUGGAUUUCUUGCCGUUUUAAGGAGAAAACGAUCUCAUUCACCAUCACCUAGUCGUAAUGCUAGUCCUAGUCGAUCAUUAAGUCCAUCAAGUAGUCGCGUGCCAGAUCGAAGUGUUUCACCACUACGAUACAUUAAUUUACCUGUAUCUAAAUUGGCAAGAGUAACGGAAGAGCUUGAAAGUCUUAUUAAUCCAACAGCGUCAAUUGUUCAUGAAGAAGAAGAAGAAGAAGAUGAAGAUGAGGAAGAAAAAGAAAAAGAAGAACAAAAAUCAAUCGAAAAACCAGAAGAAAUACAAUCAUCUAUUCAGCAAGUGCAACCAGCUAUCACAAAAAUAGUCGAGCCUGAAGAAAGCAUUGUUCUUCCUCACGUCUUAAUACCAACGCCAAUAACAACAGUGGAAGAGGAUAAAUCGGAUGUACUUAAAACUGAAGUGAGUAAUUAA